AUGAGCAAACAGACGAAGAUCCAUGCUCGACAUGAGGACGUUCCGAAGGAACAUCAUGUACACAGAACUGGUGACUGGCUUCCUGGAGACCAUCGCGUCCACAAGGAAUGGCUGAACGGCGUCAUUGAGCAUGUCGACAAGAACCCGAAAGACAUUCAACCCGUUAUACAAGAGUUCAAGACGCUCAUCGAGACCAACACGCGCGUUUACAUGCUCGUGCAGUCCAUGUUCGAGCAGAUCCCUUCCAAGAAGCCCUAUUCGUCCGACCCGACCGGCCACAAGCAGAUUAGGGACCACAAGCACAUGCUUCAACUGCUUAACCACCUCAUGACCACUGCACCGCACUGGAGUGACAGUUCGCACCGCGUCGGCAUGGUCGGCGUGCCCAUCAACGCCGUCCUCGACUGGCCUAUGGGUACCCCCAGCGGCUUCGCGUUCUUCCUCGACCCCGAUGUCAACCAGAUGCUGAAGAAGGUCCUCGACGCGUGGGGUGCGUUCCUUUGCUCCGAGGAUUCGGCCAAGCAGGCGCUCCACGACGGCCCGAGCGGCUGGUUCAGCGCGCACGGCAAGUCCGACCUCUCCGCCGUUGCGAACGGCGCUGCGGGCACCUCACACGCGUUUGAGGAUCUCUUCGAGUGCGACCCCUCAAAGUCCUAUCACGGCUUCGCGUCCUGGGACGCGUUCUUCACACGCAAGUACAGGGAGCAUGCGCGCCCCAUCGCUUCACCGGAUGACGACAACAUUAUCGCGAACGCAUGCGAGUCGAAGGCGUACAACAUCGCGCACAACGUCGCGCUGCGCGACGCGUUCUGGAUCAAGGGCCAGCUGUACUCCGUGCUCGACAUGCUCGCCCACGACGAGCGCGCGCCACUCUUCGUCGGCGGGACGGUCUACCAGGCGUUCCUCUCCGCGCUCUCGUACCAUCGCUGGCACGCGCCCGUCAACGGACGCGUUGUCCGGGCGUACGUCAAGGAGGGCACAUACUACUCCGAGCCGCUUUUCAGCGGCGUGGGCGACCCCGAACGGCGGGGGAGCGCCAAAGACGGGGAUGAGAUCGACAAGGGGGGCGAGACCGACUCGCAGGUAUACCUGACCGCCGUCGCGACGCGCGCGAUCAUCUUCAUCGAGGCGGACAACCCCGCGAUCGGCCUCAUGGCCUUCCUGGGCGUCGGCAUGGCGGAGGUGUCGACGUGCGAGAUCACCGUGCGCGAGGGCGACCAUGUGAAGAAGGGGGACGAGAUCGGGAUGUUCCACUUUGGCGGCUCGACCCAUUGCUUGAUGUUCAGGAAGGGCGUGGACGUGCAGGGAUUCCCGGAGCCAGGAAGUAAGGAGAACGUCCCUGUACGUGGCCAAAUCGCUGUGGUUGCGUAG